GAACCUAUUGCCAGCAGCGGCAGCGGCAGUAGUAGCAGCAGCAGCAGCAGUGACAGCUCAACAAAGUGUACAGGAUAGUGGUGGAGGAUGAAGACGUGUCCAAUAUUGCUGACACUAUGCUGGGCGGCCACGACUUAUGCCCUGCUGGAGCAAGGCGUGUGGCACCUCACUGCUGGGCCCGGUCAUGAAUAUGUUGGGGUUACCAAAAGCUUGUUUAAAGGCAGUCGCAUCAACAUCAAAGUGAAGUGUGACCCUGAAGAUCCAAACAGGCCUCUCAAUAUCUCCAUUGCCUGGCUACUGAGGAAGACACCCUGCUGGAAUGAGUACUCCUUCCCCAAGGGGAAAGAGGAAGAGUUGUUCAUGUGGUACUUCAGGAAGCCUGGUAAGCUGCCAUCCACCCCAAAUGGCACCCGCUAUGAAACUGCCUACUACAUGAAGGAGCCAGCCACCUAUCUCUGUGACCACAACAUUGUGCUGGAUGAUGUUUCGCUGGAUUCCAUGACUGACAAGGGCGAUGCAGUAACGGAGAAGUCCCAGAUGAAGGCAGAACGUGAAACACAGGAUGGAGCAAAGGCAGGAGCAGUUCCUGGAGCAGCAGCCUCUCAGUAUCUGUCAUCCUCGGACAUCAGCAUAAAUGGUCAGGCACGCACUAACCAUCCGGUGACCAUUGUUCCCACUGAUGGGGUGUACCUGCUGGAUAUACAUAUUGCCCCAGCUGAUUAUUCUGUGUUUAAUGCCUCCUAUGUUGCCUAUGUUGACAUUGAGAUGAAGAGUGACUAUGGUUACCUCUCAGCUGCAAACUGGCCUUUGCUUGGCUUCUACGGAGCCAUGUGUGUUGUGUACCUGGUGUACGGCUUUGUGUGGCUCAUCGUCUCUGCCAUGCGUUGGAGGGAGCUGCUCCGCGUACAGUACUGGAUAGGAGCUGUCAUCUUCCUGGGCAUGUUGGAAAUGUCAAUGUUCACGGCAGAGUAUAGCAGUCUCAAUGGACGAGGCUACAGUGUCUCUGGACUUCUGAUUGUAGCAGAGUUGGUGUCAUGUGCCAAGCGGACUUUGGCGCGAAUGUUGAUCAUCAUUGUCUCACUUGGCUUUGGAAUUGUGAAGCCUCGGCUGGGUGUUGUGCUGCACCGUGUGGUGGGUGUCGGUCUCAUCUACUUUGUUCUGGCAAGCAUUGAGGGUUGCACUCGAGCCCUUCAGCCUCGCAACAACUCACAGCAUCAGCUUGCCUCUGUCCCUUUGUCUCUGCUGGAGUCAGCAAUCUGCUUCUGGAUCUUCACAGCCAUGGUGCAGACAACCCGCACGCUGCGUCUACGUCACAAUCUGGUCAAGCUCUCCCUCUACACCCACUUCACCAACACCUUGACUUUCGCUGUUAUUGCUUCUGUCAUUUUCAUGAUUUGGUCCAUCAGGUAUCAUGAGUUUGAAAGUUGCCUGACUGACUGGAAGGAAUUCUGGGUGGAUGAUGCAUAUUGGCACAUUCUCUUUGCCAUCCUCCUGCUGGUUAUAAUGAUUCUGUGGCGACCCUCAAACAACAACCAGCGAUUUGCCAUCUCAAUACUGCUUGAGGAUGGCUCUGAUGCUGAUGAUGAAGAGGAAUCUGAGAAGUUGAUGGCAGAUAUCUCAGACACCAUGAAACAGAGGAACACCCACUCCUCCUCCCCCAAGGAGUCUGGCUCAGUGGAAGAUGACCUGAAGUGGGUUGACGAGAACAUUCCAUCUUCCUUUGUUGACCCAGUGCUGCCCAUUCUUGACUCUGAAGAGGAAAUUGUGACAACAAAGUUUGAGGUCUCCAAGAUGCAGUGAAUGCAAACACUGGUAAUGGUGAAGUCCUUUCUUAAGUUUUAGUACUGAUUUUUUUUUUUGUUUCUUUAAUGAAGGAAAAUUUUGGAUCUUGCCCUAUGCAUUGUAGGUUAAGAGGACCUCACUUAAUGUUAAUUUCUUGAUGAUAAAGUGUGUGUGUGUGUGUGUGUGUGUGUGUGUGUGUUAUUUUAUCUCUAUUCUCUCCAUAAUUUCUCAGUUCUAUGUCGUCUCCUCUCAUGCAGUUGUUUAAGUUAUAAAUCCCUUGUAAGUAUUUUCUAAAAUGUUGUUAUUUGAUAUUUACAAAUUUCUUUGUAGUUGUCAAAUAUUUCACUAUUUUUGAAGUAUUAUUUCUCUUUUACUUUUCCAUUUGCUUAUAAAACAGUUUGGGUUUUUCCACUUUACAGGCAUUCUUCUCACACCUCUUUCCCUCAUGUAUUCCUUUUUGGCAUAUAUAUUCAUCUAUUUCUCUGUGAAUGGUUCUUCUCUUCAUUCCUUGCUGGCGUAUAUAUUCAUCUGUUUCUCUGUGAAUGGUUCUUCUCUUCAUUCCUUUUUCUUUUUGUCCAUUCAUAUCAAAUUAAACUGUUCUUUCCUCCCUUCAUAUUUUAUACCGGUGGUCUAUGAGUGAGUGUGAGUGUGUGUGGGUUGUGACACUGGUGUGGCACCAACCAGUAUUGUUGUGUUCUUGCAAAAACACUGUGUGAUCUGAUAACUUGAAUUUUUUGCAACUUUUGAGUAUGUAAGAGUUAAUUGUAUUAUGUAACAGAACAACCACAAGUCUUUAGUUUUAACAUCGAUUGUACCACUUAAAAAUGUAGAUUGGAUAAAGUAGACGUCCAUAUUUGUUGUACGGAGUAGGUUCUUUAUACAAAGCAGUACCAUUGCAGUGCUUGUUGUUAAUAUUGCCACAUCUUGCCUCUGUGCUGCAUUAGUUAAUAUAAUGUAAACAAGGUAACAGAGCCAUAAAAAUUUGUUUAUCUUAUAAUUAGUACAUUGUUGGCCUACCUUUGUGCUUCCUAUACUCUUCCAAACAUGCAGGACCACGAGAUGAUGAGAUGGGCAGAACUGUAGAGGCAGUGAAGUAUGACCUGAAGCUGCACAGCAUUCACUGUUGUGCAAGUCCAAGUUGUUGAUAACACACUGAUUCUUAGUGGCAUUGAGAUGUGGGGAAGUUAUAGGCCAGACUUCAGAGAAUGGUUCACAGGAGUCCAUAUAUAAUAAUGUAAAUAAUGAUUUAAAGCGCACAUGAUCCACUACAAGUGUGGACAUCUUAAAAGCAAGUUGUGAGAGUUUGAUAGGAGGGGAAUUAAGAGUUAAGGUGAGCUCUGGUAUUUUAAAAUUUAUAUUAUUCCUUGAGGUAAGGUUUUGAAAGGCCUGAUUAUAGUUACAUGAAAUUUGAACUCUCACUAGUCAUGACCCCUUGCACUGUGACAGGCUUUGUAGAUACUGAAGGUUUGGUAGUUGUAGAUUAAGUUGAUAGGAUGAGAUGUAUAUAAUUUAACAAAGAUACACUUGUACAUAUAUUUAAGAGGAUUUUGUCCAAGUAUCAUUUUGGUGUAAAUAGUGUUUGCAUGCAAUUACAUGAAAAGAUAAUAUAAUGUAAAUCAAUUUAUUUUUUGCCAUAUUAUGAACAUUAUGUUAUUUAGAUGUGUGAUGCUUGAAAUGUUGUCCAGCUCUGCCUUGUGGCUCUCCUUGUAACUUAAUCUGAUGGCAGAAAUGGGCUUAAUCAAUUAGGAAUGAUGUUUUUUUUUUUCUGACUUAUUUAGAGCUUCAUGUUUUGGCAUUAUAAUAUUCUUGCUUGGAAGGAGUAAUGAAUUAUUGACUAGGUUAAGAAGUAACUGAACUAAUAGCAGGUACUUUGAGCCAGUUAUGAUUUUAAUCUGCCAUGCAUGAUAUACAGUAUGUACUGUAAGUGUAAUUGAUUGCACACAUACUGGACAUGGUUGUGUAAGAGCAGUUAUGAUUAAUGAUGCAUUGUAGCUGCAACUGGUGAACUGUUCUGUUCAUCCUGCUUCAGGUGGAUGUACUUAGUUAUCAUGGCAGGAUUUUAACCAAGCGUGUGUUGUGCUGCCCUCAGCGCUCAUUGUAAUAUAGUUUACUUUUAGUUUUUGGGGGAUGGCUGCACUAGAUGUGGUUUGCUAUACUGUUUAAUAUGUUAUUUACUUCACUGAACAAUUUUCAUCUGUAUAUCACACUUGCAGCUUGUUUAACUUGCCACAGUGCCUUGUGGCUCAUGUGCUGCCUGUCCACCCUGCCUGUAGCACGGGUGAGUCAGAGCACUCAAUUUAGUGGAGGCCAUUUUUCGUGUGCUACAUGGUGGGGGGCAGUCUGGCUCUUCAUAUAAUAUUGUGUGUCUGUGUGUGUGUGUGUGUUGUGGCAUACAGGAAAGAAGCUAUGCUCAUUCUGUCCCGUUUUUCUACUUACCAUUAUUCAACUUUCCUUAAGUAUAGAUACUUCUUGUAUGGGGGAAAGCCAUGCCUCUUAAUGUCAGGCCUAUUAAUUGUCCUUUUGACUUUCUUCCAUGUUUAUUUUCUCUAUGCACAAAGUUCUCUGUUUAUUUGUUUCAUCCCCUAUAUCAUUCUCGACACUACAGAUAAAUUUCCUUUUUCCUUUCUAAAGGUGCAUACACACUUGUUGCAUUUCCAUGUAUCGUUUGAUCAUUGCAUAUCAACCCAGCGAAACGCAACGGUACAACAGGGUAUUCUACCCACUUGUUGCAUAUCCACAUGCUGUAUCAUCGUUGCAUGGUGCAACAAUAUCAUUGAGUUUCUUCCUGACCGUAGUCAUGAGUGUUAAUGUGCAGUUGGCUGUGGCACCGUAUAUAUUUUUUUCAUAAACACCAAAUCAGUAAAAGGAGAAAAAAAGUCACAGCGUUGGUGGAUGUCUAAACUCUAUGCAAGUAGGGAGAUAUACAAUGGAACAACUAUGAUGUCCUCCUUACUCCACUCUAUUAGUAGAUAGUGCUUCACACUAAAAAAAACAUAUACAUAUAAAGACAAUCACGAGCAGUCACAAAAUUAAUGAGCUUCUGUACUUGUGACCGUCCACAACAAUGUUGAGCAAGGAAUAUACAGGAAGAAUCCUUGAUACUGAGCAUGCAAUGGGAUGAUGCCACACUACCUAUCCACACAAGGGGUGGUGAGUUGUGUAUCAUUCCUUUGAUGUGAUGGCAAAAGACUGACAAAUGGCGGAUUGAGCUCGUUGUGUAUCAUAUUUUGACGUGCAAUGGUGCAACGGUAUCCCAUCCACACAAUGCUACACAACAAUGUUACAUUACAUGGAAAUGCAACAAGUGUGGAUGUACCUUAAGAGUGGGAGCUGGAACCCAGUCUCUUUUCACAUGAUAAUUUUCUCAAAUUAAAUGUUAUUUUGGUUGUUGCCUUCUGUACCUUUCCCAAUAUCCUGAUACACUUUCCCUCAUAGUGAACACUGUUGCUGUACAUUUAAAUCUUUGAUGUAUCAGCUCAUAUUUAUCUUACUCAUCAUCUUUUCAUUCAAAUAAGUAAAUGCUACUUUCAUGUUCCAUAAGAGCUUGAGGAUUUUCCCAUCAUUUGUUGUAUUUGGUAAUAAGCUGUUGAAAAGUAUAAUUCCCAGGUUGUAUUCUUUUGAAAUUUUACUGAUGAUGUGUUUGUGUGUGUGUACAUGUGUGCGUGCCUUAUCUCAGCUGCCUAUUUCUUUUGGGGAAUGUCCGUGAUGUAGAGAGAGAUGGAGGAGGGAGAUGGUCAAAACAUUGCAUGCUGAUUUCCUUUUGUUCUUUCAUAGAAAGUAUGGAUAAGAAAGUAUUAAUUUAAGAUCAACAUUUCAUAAGAUGAGACAGUGUUACAAUAACAGCUUUGAGGUGCAUUGAUGAAGGGAACAUUUACCUUUGGUGUUAGUUACAUUGGAGAGGUAGGAUGGUGUAGGAAUUGAAGGGAGAAGUGUAUACUGUAGACAGAAGUAAAUGGAAAACUUCCUGCUAAGAUCUGCCUCCUUAAAGGAGUCCCAGUUGUCAGAAUAGAUGUGAGAAUAAUAA